AUGUCAUUCAGAACAUACGAGCAAGGUCUCAAACAAGCCACUGAUCAAGCGAAUAAAGCUAUCCAAAUCGAAUCCUCCUUAUCCACCCUAUCACCAUUGAUAUCACCUUUACAUACUUUACAAAAGGCCUUUCCAGCAUAUAUCUCAGCAGCAGAGCUAUAUUCGCACUUACUCGCCUCGUCCUUGGUACCGUCAAAUGAGGUUCCGAGUAUAAGGAAGAAAUGGAGGUUGGUAUUGGAAAGAGCCGAAAAGAUCAAAAAUCGAAUCGAAAGUUUAGGAGGACAAGUGGGAAAGGUGGAGAUAGGAGAUGAAGGCGAAGAAUCGGCUGUACUUAGAAGAGGAUCAAAAAUCAAUAGCAUUGAGGUCCCACUGUGGACCGGAGAACCGAGUGAGGGUGAUUUUAGAGAUAGGUUCGUUGAUGAUAGACAACCUGAAUUAGCGGAAGAGCAGCUGAAACAUGAUCCAAUAUGGAAGGAGGUACCUGCAGAGGCAUGGUCCUGUGAUAAAGAUGGAGACAGAUGGGUAUUGAAGCAGGGGCCGGUUUCGGAUUGCUCGGUUGUGGCUGCUAUGGGAGUAGGGUUGGAACAUGACAGACAUUUCGGAAACAGUCUUAAUAGAGUGAAUCUUUAUCCAAAGUCUGAGGAUGGACGGUUCAGGAGAUCUGAAACGGGCAAACAUGUAUUGAAAUUACUGUUAAAUGGUGCAUGGCGAAAGGUGGUAUUCGAUUCCCUCCUUCCCCAUACACCCGACUCGAAACCACUGUAUACGACAUGCCAUCCCGCGAGCUUUUCAGAUGCAGAGCGAUCGACGUCGAUCGGUGUCCCAUGGAUACCUCUCGCUCUGAAAGGAUAUUUCAAAGCUUUCGGUGGAUAUUCUUUAAGAGGUAGUAAUCCCGCACCGGACAUAUAUGCAUAUACAGGCUGGAUACCUGAGCGUGUCAGCCUGAAGGAAGGGUUUCAGAGGGAGAAGGAGUGGAAGAGGAUAUAUGAAAGAUGGCAGAGAGGUGAAGUCAUGGUCAGUCUUGGAACAGGAGAAAAAGUGACGGACAGCCUGGUCAAGCUCCAUGCUUAUGGAGUAGUUGCUCUACGGCAGGAGGGCGUCGAACGGCUAAUGGACGUCUUCGAUCCUGGUGCCACUGCGUUCACGAUGACAUGGGACCAGGUUUGCUCAGAAUUCGAAGCAUUACAUCUGAAUUGGAAACCAAAUCUUAUGCCAGUCGUCGCAACAAGACAUUGGUCAUGGCCGAAGCCAAAAUCUUACUCUUCAGAUUCGACCCAACCGACUGUCAUCGCCAAUCCGCAAUACCGUCUGAAAGUCACAUCGAAUGCUUCUGACAGCCAGGAGAUAUGGAUACUACUAUCUCAACACAUAACGAGCAAAGAUCGACCGCUGGAUGACAUCGCUCUUCAUGUGUUUGAAGAGUAUGAUUAUGGUGGGAAACCGGGAAGGUUGAUAAAGCCGGAAAGGGCAGAUCAAACGAGUCCCUACGCCAACGAUAUGAACAUCCUUGUUCGAUAUACAUUACGUCGGCCCAACUCGUCUAUACUGGUCAUUCCAGCGCGCGAUAGGGGUAACUUUCAAACAGGAUUUUCACUCAAUGCAUUUGCUGCGCAGGGAUCUACCUUGACAUUGGAGAGAAUAAGUCACUCGAUGCCUUUCUCUCAAGUCAUCUCGGGAUCUCUCAAUAGUCGGAAUGCAGGUGGCCAUCCUGGUUAUCCAUCUCAUAUAUUGAAUCCUCAGUAUAAGGUCAUACUGAAACCACCACCGAGAGGUGGAAAUAUCGAAGGAAGAAUAACACUGCAGGGGGACAAGGAGAGAGCUUGGAAUGUGAAGUUACUUUGGGGGAAGGGAGAAAUGGUAUACGAUGUUAGCGAAGAUAAGGUGGUUGCCGAUACUGGAUCUUACUCGUAUGGGAUGGCGUACUGUGAUAUCUCGUCUGUCAAUCCGGGUACCUACACCCUUGUAGUCUCGUCUUUUGAACCCAAUCAUACGGGUCUAUAUACCUUGUCUUUUGAAUCUACAGCCCCAGUGGAUAUGAUCAUCAUCCCACGUGAAGGGGCAGGUAUGUACAGUAGGAUUGUGAAUGGCGCUUGGACGGAAGUGUCUGCUGGAGGUAGACCUAGUUUAGGUGGGUAUGAUCGGAAUCCAAGGAUGGAAGUGAUAUUGCCCACACCUGGGAGCAUCUUAUCUCGUCUAUAUCUCCCUACACCUUCUUCAACCCCAAUAAACCUAACCAUCUUCCGCCGAGGCACUGGUGGGGGAUUGGGCGAACAAAUCAGUACGACAGGUCCAUACGCCGAUACAUUGAGUGGAGUAUCCACAGGUAAAGUCAAAUUGGACCAAGGUCUAUAUGUGUUUGUUCCUUCAUCUUAUGAGCCGGUCAAAAGCAAAUGGGUAUUGAAGAUUUGGUCGGAUGUAGCUAUAAGUGUUGAGCCAUUUGUAACAUCAUAG